GGCCAUGCCUGGGUAUAGCAGGGGUUGUGUUUCUGGAUGAACCUGUCUGCAAACCACUCACACCCGUGAUGCCACUCUUUUAUCAUCCUCACCAUGAAGACAUGCUACUGAGGACUGCCUGCAUGUUCAAAGCCUUGAAGAUUGCCCUCAAUGAUCUGGAAAGAUUUUAUGACCAGCUGAACCAAGACAGUGACAUACAACUAAACCAGCAGAUAUCUUUUCCAUACAUUAGUGAAUUUGCUAAGAGAUAUUCUGAGGAGUGCCAUAGCACAUGUCAGGAACUGGAAAUUGCACCAAGACUGUUUUCUUGUAAAUGGAUUCCUGGUGGUUGGUGUGUUGUGAUUAUGGAACAACUGAUGGAAUAUGACUCACUAUCCUCUCUUGCUCAAGACAAAAAGCUAUUAAUACAGAAAAAAACAAUGGAGUCAGUAAAGAAAAUGCAUAACCAGGGUUUUGUGCAUGGUGAUAUGAGACUUUCAAACAUCAUGGCUGGUCCCAAUGAUUCAGUAAAAAUAAUAGACUUUGAUUGGUCUGGUAAUAGUAAGGUUGGAGAGGCUGUUUACCCACCUCUCCUGAAUCCAGAUAUUGAUUGGCACCCUGAUGUCAAAGCUGGAGCAGAAAUUCUGCCAGAUCAUGACUUUCCAGAAGUUGGAGAAGACAGCACAGGAAAUAGUGAAUCUGAAGUUGAUUAUUGGAAUGAUAAUAGUAGUAGAGAAUCUGAAGUUGGCGAUUGGAAUGAUGAUGAGGCUGAAGACUUGUUUAAAAUAUUUGUUCAAAUCUCCCCCGAUAAAAUCGUCCAUUAA